AUGCAGCAGCAGCAACCCUUGCAGGCGUAUAAUGACGUUGGAAUGUAUGACUCACAAGGCAGACCACAGUCGAGGGUGCAGCGCAAGCCCCCGCCAGUAUUUCUUGCUAGUCCCAAUGGUACACCUCUGGGGACUGCAACGUCGGGCAAUUUCCCAGUUCCCACCCAUCCGUCGUCCACAAACGGCGCAGGCGGGGGCGCUUAUCCGCACAUGCGUACCGGCAACCCGAGCCUCCAAAAAUACAACCCCGAGCCGUUUGUAUACACACCUCGGACCGUCGAUCAGCAUACCGAGAAUGUUUAUCGUCCUCCUGGGAGAUGGGCACAGCGUGAUCGACCUUUGUCAAUACCCUCAACUGCUGGUAUCUCAUCGAUCACUCAUUUAGGCUCUGGGGGGUCGGAUUACCAUCGCCAGCAACUGCAGUACCAACAGGGGCAAGAACCGAGCGCUAACCCCUCCCAAAGUCCACUUUUGCCACCACCGCAGCAGCAGCACCAGAGCCAGAAGCAGCCUUCUCAGCACCAACACCAACAGUCAACUAGUAGUAGCAGGGAUGUUCACACUCAUCCGGCCGAUCUAACAGGCGAGUCGGAAUAUACUAAUGCUUAUGGUGGGAUUGAGGAUGAUCAGAAUGUCACUUCCAAUCGCGAUCAACGUCUACAUCAACCUCUUCCACCUCCGCCACCUGAGCAUACUGACUCGAGUGGAGCACUCUCUUACCUAACGACACCUGCUUUGAGUGCUCACAAAGUUCCUCCGACUCAAUGA